AUGUCUGCAAGGAGAAUACUGGUCAUUGCCGGCUCCGAUAGCUCCGGCGGAGCCGGCCUAGAAGCGGACCAGAAAGUCAUUGCUGCUCAUGGAUGUUAUGCGAUGACAGCUACCACGGCCCUAACAGCUCAGAAUACGUUGGGAGUGUACGACAUCCACCACACGCCACCUCCGUUUCUUCGGAAGCAGAUCGAUGCCUGCAUUGACGAUAUUGGCGUCGAUGUGGUCAAAACUGGCAUGCUUGCGUCGGCAGAUGCCAUUGGUGUUGUUGCCGACGCCUUCCGCAGACACAACAUUAGCACUUCCGUUGUAGACCCGGUCAUGGUAUCUACAAGUGGCUCCCAGCUUUUGCCUGAACAGGCUGUGGAUACGCUGAUCCAGCAGCUACUGCCAUUAACGAUGGUUCUCACGCCAAACCUGCCAGAGGCAAAACUACUUCUCAAGACUGCAGGCAUAUCGUUCCAAGAGCCGGAGAAUGUGGACGACAUCGUGAGCAUGGCCAAGUCCAUCCAAGAGCUAGGUCCCAAAUAUGUGCUCCUCAAAGGAGGCCACCUGCCAUUGACAAAGGGCCGGCUAGUAUCGAAAGACGAAGCAGACCGAGAUGUCGUGCUCAAUGUGCUAUAUGGGGACGGAAAGGCUACAUUCAUGGAGACAGACUAUCUGACGUCGAAAAAUACGCAUGGGACAGGCUGUUCAUUGGCUUCUGCAAUUGCAUGCCACCUCGCUUCUGGCAUGGAUGUCAUCAACGCCGUCAAGAGAGCAAACCUCUACGUAGAGGUGGGCAUUAAGACUAGUAGCGACCUCGGCAAAGGAAAUGGUCCGAUCAACCACUUCCAUUCUACGUAUACCCUGCCAUUUGGCCCAGGUGGGUUCAUCAAGUAUCUGCUCGAGCGUGGGGAUGUCCAAGAGCCAUGGAAGGAGUAUACCCAACAUCAAUUCGUUCAGCGCAUGGCUAACGGAACGCUUCCGGACGAGAACUUCAAGCACUAUCUGAUACAGGAUUAUCUGUUCCUGAUACACUUCGCGCGAGCAAAUGCGCUAGCAGCGUACAAAUCGAAGUCGCUAGUGGAUAUUGGCCGAUCUGCGCGACAAGUCGUGAUUCUACAAGAAGAGAUCAAACUACAUAUCGACUUCUGCAAAGAGUAUGGUCUCUCCCCGGCGGAUAUAGAGAAUCAGGAAGAAGAUCAGGCAUGCACAGCAUACACAAGAUACGUUCUGGACAUUGGCCAAUCCGAGGACUGGCUCGCACUGCAAGUAGCGUUAUUGCCCUGCCUUAUUGGCUAUGGUAUCAUCGCUCGCCGCCUGUACGACGACCCGAAAACGGUCAGGGAAGGAAGCAAAUACUGGAAAUGGAUCGAGAACUAUGUGGCGCAAGAUUACUGCGAGGCGAUGAAGAACGGCUCAGAACUUAUUGAAAGGCAUGCUGCAAAGCAGUCCGUAUCAAGGGUCGAGGAACUGGCGCAAAUAUUCAUUCACGCGACGAACAUGGAAAGGGGAUUCUGGGACAUGGGCAUCCGCGCCGGGUCGCAGCAGAGGUAA